UGUGAGGUCGCUGGGAGCCGCCGGCACGUGGCGGGAAGGGGAGGCCCGCAUAGUCUUCGGCUCCCGGGAGCGGCAGGAGCUGCCCGCCCUCGCGCCGCUCGUCGCGUUUCCCUCCCGACAUGCCCGAGGAGGCGGGCUUCCCGCCCGCCAAGAGAUUCCGGCCGGGCGCCGGGCCUCUGAGCCGCUCCGGGCCCUGCCCUCCCGGACGGCGAGUGAUGAUGCUGUUGACGGCGGGCGGCGGCGGAGGAGGAGGCCGCAGGCAGCCGCCGCCCCUGGCCCAGCCCUCGGUCAGCCCCUACCCUGAGGCCGUGGAGCUGCAGCGCCGGAGUUUGCCCAUCUUCCAGGCGCGGGGGCAGCUCUUGGCCCAGCUCCGAAACCUGGACAGCGCUGUCCUCAUCGGGGAAACCGGCUCUGGGAAGACAACGCAGGUCCCUCAGUACCUGUAUGAAGGGGGGAUUGGCCGCCAGGCCAUCAUUGCCGUGACCCAGCCUCGUCGAGUGGCUGCCAUCUCUCUGGCUACCAGAGUCUCAGACGAGAAGAGAACUGAACUCGGAAAGCUGGUUGGCUACACAGUGCGCUUCGAUGACGUCACCUCGGAGGACACCAAGAUCAAGUUCCUGACGGACGGCAUGCUUCUGCGCGAGGCUAUUUCAGACUCCCUGCUUAGGAAGUACAGCUGCAUCAUUUUGGACGAAGCCCAUGAACGGACUAUUCACACGGAUGUGCUGUUUGGGGUGGUGAAAGCUGCACAGAAGAGGCGAAAGGAGCUGGGGAAGCUGCCUCUCAAAGUGAUUGUGAUGUCGGCCACGAUGGACGUGGACCUGUUUUCCCAGUAUUUCAAUGGAGCCCCUGUCCUCUACCUGGAGGGCCGGCAGCACCCGAUCCAGAUUUUCUACACCAAGCAGCCCCAGCACGAUUACCUGCACGCCGCCCUGGUCUCUGUCUUCCAGAUCCACCAGGAAGCCCCCUCCUCUCAAGACAUCCUGGUAUUCCUCACUGGGCAGGAGGAGAUUGAAGCCAUGAGCAAGACCUGCCGGGACAUUGCCAAGCACCUCCCUGACGGCUGCCCUUCUAUGCUGGUCCUUCCACUCUACGCCUCCCUGCCCUACGCCCAGCAGCUGCGCGUCUUCCAGGGGGCCCCGAAGGGCUAUCGCAAAGUGAUCAUUUCAACCAACAUCGCUGAAACCUCCAUAACCAUUACAGGAAUAAAAUAUGUAGUUGACACGGGCAUGGUUAAAGCAAAGAAGUAUAACCCCGACAGUGGCCUGGAGGUGUUAGCUGUGCAGCGGGUGUCAAAGACCCAGGCCUGGCAACGUACGGGGCGGGCCGGCAGAGAGGACAGUGGCAUCUGUUACCGGCUGUACACGGAGGAUGAGUUUGAGAAGUUUGAGAAGAUGACAGUGCCAGAGAUCCAAAGGUGUAACCUGGCGAGUGUGAUGCUGCAGCUCCUGGCGAUGAAAGUCCCAAACGUGCUCACCUUUGACUUCAUGUCCAAACCGUCUCCAGAUCACGUUCAGGCGGCCAUCGCCCAACUGGAGCUUUUAGGUGCCCUUGAAAACAAGGACGGCCAGCUCACCCUGACUCCAAUGGGAAGAAAGAUGGCGGCUUUCCCAUUAGAACCCAAAUUUGCCAAAACCAUCCUCCUGUCCCCCAAAUUCCACUGCACGGAGGAGAUACUGACCGUUGUCUCCCUGCUGUCCGUGGACAGCGUUCUCUACAACCCUCCCUCCCGGCGGGAUGAAGUGCAGGGUGUGCGGAAGAAGUUCACAUCCAGCGAGGGCGAUCACAUCACCCUGCUCAACGUCUACCGGACCUUCAAGAACACAGGUGGAAACAAGGACUGGUGCAAAGAGAAUUUUGUCAACAGCAAGAAUAUGAUGCUUGUAGCUGAAGUCAGAGCACAGCUGAGGGAUAUCUGCCUAAAGAUGUCCAUGCCGAUCCUGUCGUCGCGAGGGGACACGGAGAGCGUCCGCCGCUGCCUGGCACACAGCCUCUUCAUGAGCACCGCCGAGCUGCAGCCCGACGGGUCCUAUGCCACCACGGACACCCACCAGCCGGUAGCCAUCCACCCCUCGUCUGUCCUCUUCCACUGCAAGCCGGCCUGCGUUGUGUACACGGAGCUGCUCUUCACCAACAAGUGCUACAUGCGCGACCUGUGUGUCGUGGACGCUGAGUGGCUGUACGAGGCCGCUCCCGACUUCUUCAGGAGGAAGCUGAGGGCCACCAGGAACUGAGCCGCCCGGACACCGGGAGCCACACCGGGAGCCGGGCUGCAGCCAGCCACAUUGAGGACUCUCACGCUGGCAUCGAGGGAGGCCGAGGUUGUGGUGGGUGGGUCGUCCCCAGCUUGUAGGAGCUGGGAAGUGUCUUUGUCUAAACUCCUCAGACUAAACCACACAGACACGUAGUGACAUUGCAGACUCCAAGGUGAUGCUUUCGGUUCUUGCUGGGUGACUUUGGGGGACUUAGUUAACUUCUGAGCCUCAGUUUCCCCAUCUGCCAAGUGGGGAUGAUAAUAAUACUUACAGGGUUGGAGUCCUGAGGUUUAGAGCAAAUGGAAGUACCCAGAGCUGUGCCUGCCCACGAUGAGCACGCGGUGGACCGUGAGCUGUGCUGUCGGUGUCGCUGCUUUUCUACAUGAUGCGAAUCAGGCACAACAAAACCCCCUGAGCUCCUGAGACUCUGGAAGGGGGACCACAAGAGGUCACAGCAGUGUUGACCUUGGAUCUAUUUUAAUUUGUAUCUGCAUAAAGUUUUAGAACAGAAAACAGAAGCGCUGGACUUCUGUUUCAGCAGGGAGGUGCUCCUGGGGCACCCCACCCAACCUCACCCCCCAGGAUGUGGACCUUUCACAGUGAAGAAGUGCUGGGUGCAUAGCCCCUCCCGUGCUUUCAGGAGACCUGGGAGUGCCUGGGUGAAGACCGAUUUGCAGCUUCUGAAUCAUAUCAAGUGAGGAUGUGGGAAGCUGGAUGUGGGAAGAGUGAUGGCCUCCAGCAUAGGUGUCUUUCUCUCUGACUGGGCCAUAAACAUCCUAAGGAGUGACUCUGAGCUGAGCUUAAGGCAUUUCUCCUCUGGCUGGGCCCCUGGGGGUGGGUGGAGGUGAGAACCCAGGCAGCUUUGACUCAUCCCAUCACCUCAUCUGGUGUUUAUGGUCUUUUAUUUAUUUCCUGUGGUCUUUUUUCCUUCUUCUUAGGGGGCCUGGGGACAGCCUGGCUUUGCUGCUCACCCCUCUCUAGCCCUCAUUUUCCACAUUUGUCAAGUAAAAUUUAGCUUUUAAUCAUUUAUGUCCAGCUCAAGUACCUGAACCAUUUCAGGAAAUGUAUAUUUUUUUCUGAGCAGGAUAAGGGGUAAAUAGCUUCUAAGUAAAUAUAAAUAGCUUCUGUGUUUCUGUACAGAAAUAUAUUUAUCACUGUAACAUUCCGGUAGAGUUUUAAUACAGUAGUUUUUUAUUGGGCUUUUUAAAAAGUUAACUUUGAACAUAGCUGCUCAGGGAUUACAUCAGAUUGGAAAAGCCAAUCUGACUCUCCAUAUUACUACAAAGAGAUACACGGUUGUUUAUAUUGAGCUGCAGGGUAUAGAUAAGUACACUGUAAAACUUUCUUAAGAAAGUUAAAUGUUUCACAGUGAUGUUGCAAUCUAAUCUUGAGCUACUCUUUUCAAUCCCGAAAAUCUCCGAUGGUAUGCCACCUUCUUUCCAACCUGUGAAAUCCAUACCUGGGUGAAUCACCAGCUCCUUUGAGCAGCUUCAUGUAAAUAGAUGCACUCCAAGCAGAUCACAGGCCUCAGAUGUUUGUCUUCUGCUUCUAGUGGUCAUGGAGUAUGAAACCUCCAGAGCAGCACAGAUCUCAUUACAAGGGCAAGAACUGCUGACACCCAGUUCUUGGUAAAAACUGUUACUUAAUGUAUCUCUGCUAGUAGUAAAGAGAUGCCAGAAUGAAGACACGUUUUUGCUCUGUGGAUAAACUGAUCAUUUAACCCAGCUCUCAAGAAAUGCUUGGAACUGUGGCCAGGCAUCUAAGAUACCAUUCCUUGUACACAUAUGGAAACAUUGCACCUGUGGGGAAGCAAGAAUUUUAUUAUAUUUUAUUUGAUCAGAAUAUUAUAACUUGCAGGGGGAAAAAAUCUAGUUGUUUCAGGUUUAUGUUGUUUUUUGAGAGUCUGUUCUUGUUCAAACAGACAUAGUUCUAUAAAAGCAUCAGCUCUUGUAUAUAAUGCUCGAAUUUGCACAUGACUAUGAAAUCCAUUAAAAGUGAAUCUUGUA